UCGAAAUCCGCACCUCUUCUGCAUAUAAAUGCUUCUCUGCGACAGAGAAAAAAAUCUGAAUCUGAAAGAUCAAAAAGAUUGGUAACUGUAUAUAUGUGUUUUCUAGGGUGCGACAAGGUCGAGACGGAGGUGGCGCGGCAGCAGGCCCCGGGAUUCUGUCCUUACUGCGGCGGAAAGGUGCAAGCAUUCGACCUUAUUAGCCGCUGCCGAUUUUGUUUUCUUCCCAUUGGCUUCAGAUUCAAGCGCAAGUACUUCUGCUCCCUCUGCUCCAGACGCCUUGUCUUGUACCAUUUUUAGCUCGAAAUUGUUUGGGUUCUCUACAAUUUUGGAUACUGUAGUUUUAGUUUUAGAUAUACACGUUCUCUAUCUAUCUUUAUUUUAGUGUUUGAGUUUCUUGCGAAAUGAGUAAUUGUAUUUUGUUUGUACAUCCAUAGAUUGUGUUAUAUUGUUAAUCUACUCAUAAAUUGCUAACAA